AUGGUGAGAACAGUUUGUUGCCGUUUCGUACAAGUGGAGGAUCGAAAAAUAAAGAAACCCUACUUGGGAGGAUGGAAGCACAAAAUUACCGGCGUAGAAUAUUUAAAUGCCGAGUCUCAAACAGGUCCACUAAGACAAUCAUUAAAACAGAAAUGUAGUAGAAAAGUGCAAUACAUUGCUUGGGCAGAUGUAUGUACCCAAACACCAUGCAACCAUCCAACGCAGAUGUGGCGAGCUGACUGCUUUAUAUCGGGCGAAUCGGACAAAUACGUUACAUCGAAACCGUACGAAACGUAUGAAGAAAUGAUGGAACGUCUUGAUUAUGACGGAAAAGCUCGUAUAAUUCAAAGAAAUUAUAGAAUAUACAUAUUGUUGAAACGCGUUAAAGAAUUUGCAAGACAAUAUCGUGAACUGCUUGACGAUUGCAAGCAAUACGAAGCGGAAAAAAUAUUAAUAUACAGGAAAAGACACCAGCAAGAAAUCCUACGAAGGAUAGAUCCAAAAACUCGGUUGGAUUUCGACCUGUUGUAUGAUAUAGUCGAGAAGUGGAGGCGGGAUCGCCUGGAAUGCGCGAAGCAGCGUUUCUUCAGGCCGGCGAGGUGUGCAGAAAAUUAUUUGAUCCUGCAAAAAACCGUGGAGAUGUUCGGAGUGAUCGACCAAAAGCGAUUGGCAGUGAAGAAGCGGUACAGGAAUCGGAAGCGUGUGAGGUUCGUUACGGCGAACUGCAAGCCGAUUUUGUGGAACGGUUACAAGAAAAUGCUGCUGGAAAUGGACACCAUGAGAAAUCAGAAGGCGAGGGAGUUGAGGAUCAUUUAUGACUCGUUGAUGAAUUACGACGUGACGCGCGGCGAACGUAUAGAGAUACUCACGAUGCUGAAGAAAUCGUUAGAGGUGCACAACUGCGUGGCUGCGUUCAAACUAAUACGACUGUUGGAUCAAGAGCUGACCUACUUAACGAGGGGGAUGAAAGGCAUGUCACUGGACUACUUCCGGCAAAGGAUACUUUACAGUUAUUUGAACUUUCUGCGAACAUCGCACUCGUGCUGCUGCACGAAUGGCGACCAGCACUUUUGCAAGAAUGUGGACGAUGACAAACUCCGCGAGCCGAUCGCGUCUACGACGAAACAGUGUCGCAGUUGUUUAAAGCUGCUUCCGCUUGAGAAAUUCACCGUUCAUGGAAGGCUGAAGAAAUUAUCCACUUGUAUUGGAUGCACUUGGCUGCGCGAGCGGAACAUAGCGCACGUAAAUUACGAUCCCUAUGUGUACCUCUUAAAUUGCGUGCGUUCCGAGGAGAAGAAAAAAGAAUCACCCUCGGGAAUUGUGUUUAUGAUGCAACAACACGAUAUGUUCCAUUUGGUGAACAAUAUCUGGCACGGUCACUCGGUUGUCAGCGGGAACACAGAUAUAUUCCAACUGCGAAUUGUUCGAUACCACACGGACACUGAAUGGUCACCGUGGAACUGCAUACUUUUGACGGAUGGGGAGGCUGAGGUUCAUCGCAGAAUCAAGGAUCUCGCGAGUAUUUACUCGAAGCCACUUAUCGAGCAAAUCGUGUUAGCUCAUCAGUUAGCCAAGAACCAAUUUAAGUACGUGCACAUAUGCAGGGUGUACCAGAAAAAGUGUUAG